AUGGGAUACCACUUCCAGAUUCCCGCGAUCAUCGCCAAAAUGCAGAUGAAGACCGAUCAGCCCUUCAAUGCAGGCAUGGCACUCGGCAUGAUGCACUAUUACAUCGUCCCGCUAAUUUCAACACAUUUGGAAAAUGCCGUUGAGUUCCGCAACAGAGUUCCAGAAGCCUUAAUAUGGGCGACCGGGUUCGUGGAAGCGAUCGAUGGGUGCAUCGCAAAUCUACGUCUUAUGGAUGGUUGUUCUGAGAAGUUUCCGAAUGAUAUAACCGUUGAUCGCAAGAGUCGACGGCUACGGCGCAAGUAUAUGGAGCGCUACACCUACCUCGUCGAAGAUGCUUACAAGGACCAUGUCCGCGAACAGCUUUGCGACGUCUUCCAAUCCUGGAAUCAGGAACAAACGCAGCUCUUCAACAAAGGUGUCGAUAAAGCGCUCUCGGGAAUACAGUGGGUUGUCUAUCCGAAAGAAAAUGUUGUCUUGAACGCGGGCGAGGAUGGAUGGGCGAUAUGGCUGCGGGGGAAGUGCGAAGAGCUGGGCAUGCUUGAAGCGAGGGCGGGUAGAAAAGUACUUGCAGAAGUGUAG